AUGGCCGCAGCCACGUCGCGACCUGCCGUCCCCCCUGCGGCUGUUCUCCUCAUAUACCCAGCAACAUUAUUACUCGGAUCCCUGUUCUCAAUUAUCUCACCCACAGCGCGCUCUUCUAGAGAUUUGUCCGGCCCUUCCAUACACUCAACCAGCCCUCUCGCCCCCUCACUGGCCGCAGACCUACAUCUAUCCGAAAGCCCUGUCAACUACUUCGCUCGGAAGAAUAAUGUCUUCAACAUCUACUUCGUGAAAAUUGGAUGGCUAUGGACAACAGCUGCCUUUGUGUCUCUUCUUAUUUUCCAACCCCUAUACGCCCCAAGUCAGACAUCCUCCUCGCACCAAGCAACACGCUUCCGGCGCACGCUUCAAGCCAUCCUGCGCUACGCACUCGUGACAACAGUAUGGUAUCUUGCAACACAAUGGUUCUUUGGCCCGGCGAUAAUCGAUCGCGGUUUUGUGGCGACGGGCGGAAAAUGCGAACAGGCUUUUGAGGAAGUCGGGAGAAUGGCCGCUGGACACGGCGACCCCAGCGAUCUGGAAACACUGUUCACAGCUACGACAUGCAAGGCUGCCGGUGGUGCUUGGCAAGGCGGACAUGAUAUUAGCGGGCAUGUCCUCAUGCUAGUUCUAGCCACGGGACUUCUGACAUUCGAGGCUGUUGGAGCUAGCGCACCCGCAUUUUUGUCUCAUUUUAGUCCUCCUGGAGACGCUGGACGUGAGCGCAAGGCUAGUGAUGCCGAUAGUACACCAGCAGUCGGGCUGGCAGAACCUAAUGGAUUCGCAAAGACGUGGUCACUCCGUCUUGUUUGGGCUGUGGUGGGCUUGGAUUGGUGGAUGCUCUUCAUGACCGCGAUUUGGUUCCAUACAUGGCUCGAAAAGUGGUCUGGCCUAUGCAUCGCUUUGAGUGCUCUGUAUGCCAUCUAUAUACUUCCAAGAUGGGUGACAUCAUUGAGGGACGUGAUUGGACUUCCAGGGGUGUAG